AUGGCUCUUGUUUGGGACCAUGCAAAGGUUUUGGCAGAACAGCCUGGCCUCUACGAGAACGUUCAAAUGAUAAAUGUAUCACACGACCUAGCAGAUAACCAUCCAGAAGAGCCAUGUACUUGGUUAGCUGUGGGUAUAUAUUAUUUGGCUAUAAACAAAGUCGCUGAAGCUCGACGUUAUUUCAGCAAAGCAAGUAUGAUGGAUCCUCAUUUUGGACCUGCUUGGAUCGGAUUCGCCCACACGUUCGCAGCAGAAGGUGAACAUGAUCAAGCAAUCUCGGCAUACUCGACAGCUGCACGACUUUUUAUGGGUACUCAUCUGCCUCAACUAUUUCUAGGCAUGCAAAAUCACAUGUUAAACAACAUGACCCUAGCCGAUGAAUUCUUAAAAACAGCAUACGAAUUAUGUAAGACCGAUCCAUUACUCCUUAAUGAAAUGGGAGUAGUAUUUUACCACCAAGAACGACUCCAGGAUGCUGUUUUAAUACUAAGGAAAGCUCUUGAAAUUGCGGAGGAAAUUGAUAGUGAUCCACAAGCUUGGAUAUCCACUCGUUCAAACCUCGGACAUGCAUAUAGACGUCUCCAUCAGUGGGAUGCCGCAUUGAUAGAAUUUGAUGAGGUGCUUCGACAAGGUGGAAAAGAUCCAGCUAUUUUUUGCGCGAAGGGUUUGGUGUUGAUGGAGCAGAGGAAACCUUUUGAAGCGGUUUUGAUGUUCCAUGAAGCACUUGCUAUUUCACCUCAGGAUGCAAUUGCGACGGAAUUGCUCAAUAAGGCAUUGGAGGAAACUGCGGUUCAUGGGAUUAAUGGAAGUAGGAUUUUUGAUGAGGAGGAAGAUGAAAUUGAGAGGGAGUUAUCGUUGAGAAAGGACGAGGUUUUGGCUAGUUUAAAACUUAAUAAAGUGAAAGGGAAGGGCAAAUCGAGGAGUAGAGUGGUGGUUAAUGAAGUUAAUUUGAUGGAUGUUAGUGAUGGGGAUUAG